AAUGCCGCCACGAAGAUCGGGCCCAACCAGUCGUAAUCGAUACAGAAGAAGCUCCAUUUUUCUAAUCCUCUUCACUUAAUCCCUCCCAUCUCGAAGGAGGUUCUUCCUGUGAAUCUAUCUAUCGCUCGACUCGAAACCAUGAAGCUCGUCUUCAGAUUCGCCCUGUUGUGCGUCGCGGUGGCCUUCGUCGCCGCACAGGAUGCCCAGGUGCAGGAACGACCAAAAACCUUCCGAAGGUUGAUACCCGCCGAUGUCCUUCGCGACUUCCCUGGAAUGUGCUUCGCGUCGACCAAGUGUGCGACCAUCGAGCCGACGAAAUCGUGGGAGCUGUCGCCAUUCUGCGGUCGUUCUACCUGCGUGCCCGCUGAUGACAACUCCGGCCGUCUCUUUGAGUUAGUGGAAGACUGUGGCCCGUUGCCCAAGGCCAAUCCUAAGUGCAAGCUCUCCGACAAGACCAACAAAACCGCAAACUUCCCCGAAUGCUGUCCGAUCUUCGAGUGCGAGGACGGCGCCAAGCUCGAGUAUCCGGAGAUCCCGACUUUGCCACCGCCGAGCGAAGAGGAUGCGGCGAAGGCGCAGCCGGAAACGCCGAAGCCCUAAGCCCGACACAAAAGCAAAAGGCCACCUUGUUCCCAGGGCGAAGAUUGCGAUGUAGCCUCCUCAACUCAAGCAAGAUUCAAGCAAAACAAGAAGUGAUCAUGAUGUCAAAAUGCCCUCAAAAUGUCUCCAAAAUUCAACUCAAGGAACACACAAAAGUCAACAGAAAAAUCAAAAUGACUUUAUUUUGAUUUUUGACGUCAAUAAACAAUCAAAUUUUGUAAUAAAAAAAAAAUCAUCAUUUUGACUUUCAUGACGUCAAGAUAAAGACAUUCCGACUUUCUCUUUGACUGAGCAUGCUUUUUGAUCAGUCGCAGAUUCAUUUUAAAAUCAAUUUGACGUUAUCGUGAUCCGUUAUUUUGUCGAUUGGACCUGAUUAUAUUUGACGCGAUCUAUCAAUGCGAUCGACGAGAGUCAGAUGCGGCGAACAUAUACAUUCAAGGAUUGAUAUAUAAUAAUAAUAAUUCUCCAAGAGCGAUGAAAAGACCAGCGGACUUCCAGCGCAAAGUAAACAUGCAAAAUAUAAUUUUAUUUUGUAUUGGUAUUAGAGUACCGAGAUCUGCUUAAUAAUAUGAUGGAACGAUCAGUCGCGUUAUUUUACGGCAUUUAUUCGAGGAAAGGAUAAAUUGUCGUGUAAUAGCCAUCAGACCGUUGCACGUUGCGCUAGAACACAGAUCUCUUCGUAUUUGGUUCGAUUAUGGAUUGUUCGACAGAAUUGUGCAACGUUUGUAUCCAUCACGACGAGGUCAUAUCGCGAUUUCGCUCACCAUCUAACGUGAUCCGAUCCCAUUUAAUCCAGAUUAAGUUAAUUGUAUAUAAAUUCAGGCCGCGUCUUUGCAAACUACGAGCACGAUGAAAGCUUUCCAAACGCACUCAUUCUACCCGAUCUGUAAUCUUAUCGUAAUCCACCUCGACUCUUUUGUUAAUUUCCCCCAUGUUCUUUUAGCUGCUCAACCCUCGAACGUAUAGUUUACUUACGAAAAUUUACAAGGAAACAGAAUAAUUUUGCAAAGUGUACAUUAAAUAUCUAAGAAGAUUUGACAAAAAAUAUAAUG